UAAAAGGGUUCGUUUGCUCCGCUCAGCAUUAGUGUGUGUUGAGCUUCAGAGGUGAAUUGUUCUCCCGUGCAUUUAGUGGCUGAUCAAUGGUUGCAAAAUACAAAAUGAAAAUACUACUCUUAACUCUCUCAGCUUCGGCUUCGUUGGCGACUUUGGUGUGUCGAGAAAGUGAAUUCUCCUGCGAUGGGUCGCGCUGCAUACCCAGGAAGUGGCUGUGCGACGGCGACCCCGACUGUACCGAUGGAACGGAUGAAUUGACGACGAACUGCCCGGCCAAAGCGAGCGACGGUGGGCGGACAUGUCGAGCCUCGGAGUUCCAGUGCGGGAACGGCAACUGCAUCCCUCAGACGUGGAAGUGCGACGGCCAGGACGACUGCAGAGAUAACACGGACGAGGAAAGCUGCGAAAAGACCUGUAGAGAUACGCAGUUCCAGUGUGUGAGUGACAAGCAAUGCAUUACGAAGAAGUGGCGUUGUGACAACCAGAAAGAUUGCCAAGAUGGCUCAGACGAGGAAAAUUGUGAAGAGGAAGUAGCGACUGUCCCGCCACACAUGUUCCGGUGCGCGUCCGGCAUAACGAUUCCCACGCGCUGGCUGUGCGACGGGGAGGAGGACUGCACGGAGGGAUCGGACGAAAAGAACUGCCCAGGCGGGGAAGCAAAUAAGCCCCAGGAAAAAUCGGAUCCUUGUCGUGACAAUGAAUUCCAGUGCGGAGCUUACUGCGUCAUGGCGACCUGGGUGUGUGAUGGAGGCGUCGACUGCCCCAACGGCGAAGACGAGGCAAACUGCGACAAAGAAUGCCCAGAAUCACACUUCACAUGCAACAACAAGCAGUGCAUUCUCGGGCACUUGCGAUGCAACGGGGAGAAAGAAUGUGCCGAUGGUUCCGACGAAUCCGAUUGCCCCAAAGUACCGGCAGUCACGGACGCGCCGAAAGUGGAAUGCAAUCUGACGUCGCACUUCCUGUGUUCACUCAACAAGUGCAUCCACCGCAGGAAUCUUUGCAACGGCAGGAAUGACUGUGGUGACUGGCAGGAUGAGUCGGAGGAGGAAUGCGGCGUGAAUGAGUGCGAGAGAAACAACGGCGGCUGCACCCACUUGUGCGUCGACUCCAGGGAGAGUUACCACUGCGAGUGUAGGACGGGGUAUCGCCUGGUCGGAAAGUACACGUGUGAAGAUAUUGACGAGUGCCUCGAGGUCCCAGGAACGUUCCAGCAGUGCACCAACACGAACGGAGUUACCACUGCUCUGCCUCCCCGGUUACGACGCGACCCUGGCAACUACACCCGCUGCAAGGCCUCGACAGGAGAGCCCUACCUCCUCUUCUCUCACAGAUACGACAUCAGAAGCCUUCGUCUUCGCGAUAAUGAUAUGACUUCAGUUGUGAGUGAUGCGAGAGAAGCGACAGCACUGGAUUACCUGUUCACGGGACACCAAAUCAUCUGGUCAGAUAACAAGGAGAAUCAGAUCAUUAGGGCUAAUAUUACUACUCCAGAAGAGAGGGAAGUUCUUGUUACGGGUGAACAAGUCUCUGCAGAUGGGUUGGCUGUUGACUGGAUUCACAAUCACAUUUAUUACACUGAUACAGGCAACUUUAAAAUCCGCCUCGUGUCCUGGGACGCCAAGUGGUCGAAGACAAUUGUACAGGAAGAAUUGGGACAACCAAGGGCCAUUGUAGUUAGUCCCUUAGAUGGAUACGUAUUUUGGACCGACUGGGGAAUGUCUCCCAAGAUCGAGAGAGCUGGUCUGGAUGGAGAGGGUCGCACAGCCAUCGUGACAGCCCCUCAUGUGUAUUGGCCAAACGGUAUUACAAUUGACCUGCCAAACAAUGACCUAUAUUGGUGUGAUGGAAAGCUGAACACCAUUAGCAAGGCCAGACUAGAUGGAACCCAAAUUGAGGUGGUUUUGUUUUCACCAAGUGUCUUGAGGCUUCCCUACUCCAUUACCGUGUUUGAGGACCGACUUUACUGGACGGACUGGUCACAGCUUGCCCUAUACAGUGCCAAUAAAUUUAAUGGAGAAGAUAUUCACAACGUUUCAGCUGGACACUUGCUUGAGUCACCCAAAGUGGUACACGUUUUCCACGAAUAUCGCCAGCCUAGUGGAGAAAAUGUAUGUGACGGCCACACUUGUAGUCACCUGUGUAUCCGGAGUCCCAUGGGUAUGGCGAAGUGCAUGUGUCCCGAUGGGUUGUUACUUUCCACAAGGGACUCAAUUUCCUGCCUUGAAGGUGAACUUCCAGAUAUAAUGGAACCAAGCAGUGAACCAGUGAAUCCUAUGAUUCCUGUCUUACCAUCAGACUUUGACUACAGUAAUGAAGAAAUCAUUCCCUUGGAAACAAACAAAUAUGAAAAAAUCCAAACCCUGGAAGGAUCUAACUUUAGCGUGAUCUUCGCAGUAGGAGUUGGGUCUGCUGUGGUGUUGGCCAUUGUUGUCAUGGUUCUUGUAGGUUUGUGGAGAAAACGUGUAGCAGCUGAAGUACCCCACAUGCGUUUCCCAAAUCCUGUUUACCGCAAGACUACUGACGAAGAAAUGGACGGUGGUGGUUACAUUAUUGGCCAUGAUGACCUACUAUUUAAACCCCAAGCUGUACAGUAUUCAGAAGGGCCAGAUAUUCCUGAAGGAGAUUCGGAUGACACUCCACUUGCUCCAAAGAAGUAAAUAUUUUGAGCAUUGUAUUUAUUAGCAACUAGAAAUGCAAACCAAGAUGGUUAACAGUAUAUAUAUAUAUAUAUAUCUCAGUGAAACCCGCUGCAUAAUAUUACAAGUAUAUCUGUUUUAUCACUCAAAAAGGCAGGUUUAUUUAUGAGGCUGAUUUACAUUUUGCUUCACUCCCUGGAAAAAGUGCCUCGCAUUUUCAAAGGUAUUCCAGAAUUACAGAUAUAUUUGCCUAGAUAUACACCUAUUGUUUUUAUUAUUUAGUAAAUAUUCAAUAGGCAUGCUAAUUGAAGGCUUAUUGAAAUAAUAUAUAUUUUUUCUAAAUGGUUUUGUACUGAAUUCUGAAUAUCUACAGUGUAAAGUUGGCCAUGUAAGAAUUGUGAAAUUGUAUCUUUUUGUCUGUGAUAUAAUUGUAUAUUGUAAAUAGUGUAAAUAACUCAUCAAUCAUAUCAUACCACAUUAGGAUAUUGGCUUCAAAAUAUGAUAUAGAAAAAAACUCAUUGAAAUACCCAAAGGUCAGAUCACUUGGGUAUAAAAUUGCUUUUGAGCCACAGUAUUCGCAAGCCCUCAUAUCGUCACACUUACCAUCGUCAUCUGUAUUUUAAGCCUUGUCAGUAAUAUCAGUUGCUUUUAAUUUCUAAUUUUGUUAUUCAUCCAUAACAUAGAACUUGCUUAAGGGAAUUGUAUAUGCUCAAGCAACCAAUCUUUUUCCUUAAGAGCUUGUCCCUUUGUUCACAUAGAGAGAAUAUGAGAUAAGGAGAGAUGUUAUAUAUUUUUGUUACAUUGUGCAGUUCCUGUAAAUAUAUUUUAUAAAAUGGAGAGUAUAAACCACACUCAUAUUUGAAUAGUGUUAUUGAUGGAUAUAUAAAGACAGCGUAAAGCAUUGUGCUCGUCUCCUUUCUCAUGAUGCUUUUCUAUUAUAUUCAUAUAAUACUAUCUGUUUUUUAUAACAUUUAGAUGUGGCUGUGUUCAGAAGGUAAAUGCAUGUGUAACAGAUGCUUUCUGCAAAAUUUUAGCUUUUCGGAAUCUCCGUCUCGUAGACCAAGUAUAGUUCUGGUUUAAUUAAAAAUCCAUUAUUGGUAACAAAUAUAUUUUCAACAAUAUAAUGUUCUCGUUUGAUGUGACAUUUACUUUUGCACAUGCAAAUUAGCCACAGGCUGAAGCUCUUGAAAAACUUUUGAGUGAAUAUUUCCUGUCCAAAGAGACUGCUGUAAAAACUACUGGAUGCAUGUCCAAAUAUUUUCAAUGACAACACUCUUUCCUCUUUUUUUAAAGGGAAGGCUAUUGUAUUUCUCAAAUAUAUGUUUGUGUGCUAAA